AUGAUGUAUAUAUUUUUCGAUUUUGUGCUCGAUGCCGGCUGGCCGACCUUGCACCGGCUACUUUUCCGCAACUUGUACCUAAGCACAACUUCCCAUUCUACCAUGGAGCACCCAGCGUUUACUUUGAGUGCCCUUUGCUCGAUUGGCGGCAUUAUGGGCUAUAUGCGCAAAGGCUCGCUGCCUAGUUUGAUUGGUGGCGUUGCCGUCGGUUCCCUGUACGGUAUUUCCGGAUACCUUCUCCGUGAAAAUGCCAACGGCGGUCUGGAGACUGCGUUGCUUGCCAGCGCUCUUCUCCUGGGUGCCGGACUCCCAAGAGCCAUUAAGCUUCGUAAACCAGUACCGCUUGGAAUCUCAGUUCUUGCUUUGGUUAGUUUAGGCUACUACGGAAAGAAAUGGUCGGAUUUUAAUAUGUAG